AUGAACGUGCCCAAGCAAAUCGGCAAAGACUCAAAGGAGGCGCAGGGAAGCAGAAGUUCCCCCAUUACUUGCACCUGCGGAAAAUGCUUUAACGCAAUGUCUGCAUUUGGACAGCACUGGCAAGAUUCGCCCAAACACAACGAUGAGGUGCCGCCCAACGAGUUUCUGAGGGUUGACCAAGGCAAGGCAAGCAUUCAGUACAAUUUCACUUCUACGAAUUCCUGGUCUUCACUCUAUACUCCGGAAGCGACAAAUUGUAAAAGAAAUGCUGACUUAUCUGGAUUUCAGAAGCAAACAACUGCUUAUGACAAGGUAAACCUUUUUCUUUGCGGUAGCUUUUAUCUUGGAUAA